AUGACGCAAACAGAAAAACACAACAACAUCCUCCAGACCGACCUCCUCAUCGUUGGUGCCGGCCCAGCCGGUGCUUCGCUGGCUUGCUUUCUUGCUGCUCAUGGACGGACUGGCAUCUUGAUCGCGGCCGCUCCCGGCACGGCGGAUACACCACGGGCUCAUAUCACCAACAUGGCUGCUCUUGAAUGCCUGCGAGACAUUGAACUGGAACAAGAAUGCAGACUCGCCGGGACGGACAGCAAGCACAUGGAGCACACGCGCUGGUGUCGCAGCAUGGCGGGCGAAGAGUUUGCGCGGGUUUACUCGUGGGGUCACGAUCCGAAGCACAAGGGCGCCUACGAAACCGCUAGCCCGUGCGACCACAUCGACCUGCCGCAAACCCUCCUCGAGCCCAUCCUCGUCAAGCGCGCCACCCACGCCGGCUGGACCGUUCGCUUCAACACGCGCUACGUGCGCCUGUCACGCCCCUCUCCCGACGUCAUCCUCUCCGAGGUCCUCGACGAGCUCACCGGACAGACCUACUUUAUUCAGUCGCGCUACCUCUUUGGGUGCGACGGCGCCCGCAGCCAGGUCGUCCGCGAGUUGCAGCUGCCCCUCAUCAAGAAGCCUGGUCAGGGGUUGGCACUCAACGUCUUUGUGCGCGCCGAUCUGUCGCAUCUGAUGGAGAACCGGUCGGGCAACCUCCAUUGGGUGUUCAACCCGGAGGAGGAGGAGUACCCGGUCUGGGGCAAGGAGUGCAUUGUCCGCAUGGUCCGAGCGUGGGACGAGUGGAUGUUCAUCUUCUUGCCGCAACCGGGCGCCGAUCUAAAGGCGGAUGAUAUGAGCGCUACCAACGACGAGUACGUGGCGCGCGUGAAACAGGUGAUUGGGGACGAGAACGUCGAGGUGACGCUGCUGCAUGCGAGCAAGUGGUGGAUCAACGAGGUGGUUGCGGAGCGGUAUUCCGAUGGCGGCAAUGUGUUUUGCUUUGGCGAUGCCACCCACCGGCAUCCGCCCUUCAACGGCUUGGGAAGCAACACGUGCAUCCAGGACGCCUUCAACUUGGCGUGGAAGGUGGAUUAUGUCAUGUCUGGCAAGGCGGGCAAGCAGCUGCUGGACAGUUUUGACAAGGAGAGGCAGCCCGUGGGCAUGGAUAUCGUGACCAGGGCGAAUCAAGGGCUGCGCGACCACUACGGAUGGCAGAAGACGCUGGGCUUGCUGGAGGACGACAUGGAGAAGACGAGGAAAAUCUUGGCCGAGUUUGAGGACCCUGGCGAGAAGGGCCGCCUGAGAAGGAAGGCGUUCCGCGAAGGGAUCGAGAACACCACGACCGAGUUCCACGGCUUGGGCAUCGAGAUGAACCAGAAAUACGUGUCGAACGCGGUUUAUCUGGCGGAUCAGGGAGAGGCGCCGCCUGCGCCCAAGGAUGCAGUCAGGACGCUCCAGGUUACCACGUAUCCCGGACGCAGACUGCCGCACGCCUGGUUGAACACACGGGUGCCUGGGAAGAAGAUCUCGACGAUUGACUUGGCGGGACAUCGGCGGUUCUGUCUGCUUACCGGACCAGGCGGACAGGCGUGGAAGGACGCGGUCAAGGCGGUCGGGGAGAAGCUGGGUGUUGAGGUGGUCGCAUUCUCGAUUGGCUGGAAGCAGGAUUAUGAAGAUGUUUACUUUGACUGGGCCGAGAGGCGAGAGGUGGAGGACGAUGGGUGUGUGUUGGUGAGGCCGGAUCGGUUUGUGGCGUGGAGGAGCAGGUCGGUGAUUGAGAAGCCGGAGGUGAAGCUAGAAGAGGUUUUGAGGAAUGUUUUGUCGCUAUAAGACUUGGAUAUACAUUACUGUAACGAAGCUGUUGUCGUCGUCGCCGCGUUGUCGUCGCAUCUCGGGUUUCUAUGGCCGUCGUCGUCGUGCGGAUCAUGUCUUGUCUCGCCAUAUUUCCGUAGUAUAGCAAUACAACUGCGGCACAGAGUUUC